AUGUUAUAUAUUUGGUGUGUGAACCUUGUCUCCAGCUAUGGGUCCUAUGGUGGAGGUGGUGGUGGAGGUGGUGGAGGUGGUGGAGCUAACCAGGGCUAUGGUCAGUCCUCUGGCCAGAGUUACAGCCAGCAGGGCUAUGGGGGCUACAACCAGGGCUCUGACAGCAGCCCUGGCUCCUACAACCAGGGAGGUUAUGGCAGCUACGGUCAACCCCAGUCAGGUGGUUACGGUUCUCCACCCUCUAACCAGAGUGGUGGGGGCGGUUAUAAUCAUUCCAGUCAGUCCUAUGGUUCUUCGGGAUACAGCAGCAGCAACCAGCCCUCCAACAUGAGCUACAACCAGCAGUCAUCCUUCUCUGGUUACAGCCAGCAGCAGCCUCCUUCGUCCUCUGCAGGCUAUGAAGGCAACUCACAGGCCCCUGGAUAUAACCAGCCACCCAGUGGUGGACAGAGCGGAGGUGGUUAUGGGAGCAGUGGAGGUCAGACUGGUGGAUAUGGUGGCAGCGGAAGCCACCAACAACCAUCCCAACAUGGAGGAGGUCACUACAACCAGCCCCCGAGCUACAACUCCCCUCCCCCACAGAGCUACAGUCAGCAGAGCCAGUAUGGUCAAGGUGGAGGAUAUGGAGAUGACAGCCCACCGAUGAGUGGAGGAGGAGGUGGAGGAUACAGUGGUCCUGAUGGAGGUUAUGGAGGUCAGGAUGGCCGCGGUGGCAGGGGCCGUGGGGGUGGAUUUGGAGGUCGUGGUGGCGGCGGAUAUGAUCGCGGUUUUGACCGAGGUGGGCGAGGCGGACCAAGAGGAAGAGGAGGCAUGGGAAUGGGCGAACGUGGAGGAUUCAAUAAGUUUGGUGGACCAAGAGACCCAGGACAUGGACACGGAGGACCCAGCUUCAUGCAAGACCAGGAUAACUCUGAUAAUAACACCAUCUUUGUACAAGGCCUGGGAGACGACUACACCGUUGAAUCAGUGGCUGACUUUUUUAAGCAGAUUGGGAUCAUUAAGGUCAACAAGAAAACAGGCCUGCCCAUGAUCAAUCUGUACACAGACAGAGAGACAGGAAAGCUGAAAGGGGAGGCCACAGUUUCCUUUGAUGACCCCCCUUCAGCUAAGGCUGCCAUCGACUGGUUUGAUGGUAAGGACUUCAAUGGAAAUCCCAUCAAGGUGUCCUUUGCCACCCGCAGAGCUGACUUUGGAGGCCGAGGUGGAAUGAGGGGAGGUCGCGGACGAGGGCCGAUGGGCCAUGGAGGAUUUGGAGGGGGUCGAGGUGGAGGUUUCCCAGGAGGCAACGGUGGUGGUGGAGGAGGUGGAGGAGGAGGGCAGCAGAGAGCUGGAGACUGGAAGUGUUCAAACCCCAACUGUGGCAACCUGAACUUCUCGUGGCGUAAUGAGUGUAACCAGUGCAAGGCUCCUAAACCAGAGGAUGCUAGUGGGAUGCCCCCCAUGGAAAGAGGAGGUUAUGGAGGAGAGCGCAGAGGGGGGUUUGAUCGAGGCGGCUUUAGGGGACGAGGCGGUGACCGCGGGGGCUUCAGAGGAGGCAGAGGAGGCGACCGGGGAGGAUAUGGCCCUGGCAAGAUGGACGCAAGGGGUGAUCGCAGACAGGAGCGACGAGGCCGACCUUACUAAAUCCUCAUUCAAGGACAAACUGUCCCCCUCCCACCUCAGCACAAAGAACAGUUUGUCUACCCCCUGUCCAUACUGGGCCCAGCCCACACCUUUCACCUUUUAUAUAACUGUUAACUUUGAUCCUCUUGAAUGUGUAGAAAAAUGUGACUAUUCCUGUUUUCUGUUUGCUCAUUUCUUUCUUCUUCUGGUCAGUGGGGCCUCAUUUAAAAACAAACUCUGGAUCAAGUACUGUCUUAUUUUUACAGCCUGAGUCUAAUUUCAUAAUUUUGGCUAUCAGUCUAGUUGAUAAGGAUAAUAUUCACACCAGCACCAUCACUGGAAACAGUCAGAAACAAACCAUCUUAACAAUAUUAAAUCAUCUCUUACCUCUGCAAGGAGGUUAUAUUUUCACCUCCAUGGUGAAUGUGCCGACAUUAUUUUUUCUUUUUUCUCAUGAACUGCUGAAGCUACCUGAUGGAAUCAUCUGUAUUUUGUUGCAGAUCUAGAUUAAGAUGAAACAUUUAGAAAUGUGUCAUUUAAGUUUAUGUAGAUUUAUAUAGCCUUUGGCAGACAGAUGAAAACAAAGGUGACCACACCCAAAUUGUUACUGUUAACCUCAGAGCUACAUCAUGUGUAACUUUGACCUGCUGUACUGAGGACAGAGCUCACAGUGUAAUGGAUGAUUAUGACUGACAUUUGAAGCGCUUUAAUCUGUUUUCACUCAGCGGUCUAGUAACCCAGGGAGUUAAAAACCUGUCUGAUAGCCUGUGUUGGUUUUACUAUUAGACUCAUGUAUAAAUGUGUGACUACCAGUGUUACUGCAUGCUCAGAUUAACUGGUAUUGUAAGUCAAUUAUGGUUAAAGCUGUGGAAAUUUAAAAAAAACCCAGGUUGUUAAGAAUAAAUCGCACCAUCAAGAAACUGACUUUGAUGUGAAAAUAUGCUUCAUCAUAAAUCUCACUGUAGAGUCACUUCAUAUCUGGAGAUUGUGUUGGAUCACUGCAGUUUGCUCACAAAGUGAAAAACUCAACAGCUGAACACUUAUUGUCUUGGAGUGAGAUCCUAAUGGGCCUCAUGCAAGAUCCGCUCAACCAAUAGAUUUGUUCUAAAUGGCAUGUUUGAGUGUUUUAAUGGAAUUUGCUCCAUUCACCAGUUUUCUUGAACAGAAUUAGAAGUUGAAAUGAUCUAUUUAUUACAUGUUUAUGCAGUUUAAAGAGAAUUUAGUGAAUCUGAUAAAUCGCUCUGCACAGCAAGUUAUCAGACAGGUUUGCGAUGAAACUCUGAAAAGUCCCGGUGUCAUAUUCACUUACAGCUUGCGAACAGGUUUUAAAACUGUCACUGAACUGAAGCUGCUCUUUGUUUUUACAGUCAGUGAGUUCUGUGUAACUUAAGUUACCUGUCAACAACUCACUGGACUGCUGUCAACCUGAGACGCCAACAUGGCUCUAUAAAGAUUCAGUUAUGCCUUUAACUUCCUAAAUACUUUUCCUCAAAGCUAAGUUUGUCGUGGGAGUAGAUCUUCAGACUAUGAUCAACUAAAAUUAACUUUUGUAAAUGAGGCCUCACAGUGAAGGCGUUUUUGUUGAGGCAGAAUUCUUACUUGUGUAUUUAUUAUUGAUGAGUUGUUUUUGUAUUGUGCAUGUGCUGGA